AUGACUGCACCCACCCUCAUCGGCAGGCAAGUUGGCCCCAUCGGCUUCGGCCUGAUGGGGUUGACCUGGCGUCAGAAGCCAGUCUCGACCGACGACGCGAUCAAGACCAUGAAGACUGCACUUGACAAUGGAGGUGAGCCGAUGUCAUAGAAUCUGCUUUUCCACUUCCAACGCUGGGCACUGCCCAACUGACAUCCUACACAGCCAACUUCUGGAACGGCGGCGAAUUCUACGGCCCGCCCGAGUACAACAGCCUGGUGCUCAUCGAGAAGUACUUUGAGCGUUAUCCCGAAGAUGCCGAUAAGGUGGUACUCAGCAUCAAGGGCGGCGUGAACCCGGCCACUCACGCCGUCGACGGCUCGCCCGAUAACACCCGCCGCACCAUCAACGACAGCAUUGCACAGAUGAAGGGCCGUAAGCAUUUGGACAUCUUCGAGUUUGCACGCCGUGAUCAAAACACCGACCCAAAGGUCACCUUGGACACGAUGAACGAUGAUUUCGUGAACAAGGGCAGGAUCAGCGGCAUUGCUCUGUCUGAGGUCCGCGCCGAGACCAUCCACGAGGCCGUCAAGCACGCCAAGGUCGUGGCUGUCGAGUCUGAAGUCUCGCUGUAAGUCGUCAUCCUUGGUUUUCGCUGCCUGUGACCAGUACUAACAUUUCUGCCAGCUUCUCCACCGACGUGCUUGAAAAUGGCGUGGCCGCUGCUUGUGCUCAGCAUGGAAUCCCCAUCGUUGCUUACUCGCCCAUUGGCCGUGGCCUCCUGACGGGCCAGAUCCGCAAAUUCGAGGAUCUGCCCGAAGACUCCAUGAUGCGCCAGUUCCCACGCUUCCAGCCCGAGAACUUUCCCAUCAACCUUCAACUAGUUCACCAGGUGGAGGCGCUGGCCAAGAAGAGGGGUGUAACACCCGCCCAAUUCGCCAUCAACUGGGUGCGUGCCCUCUCGAAGCGACCGGGAAUGCCAGUUUUCAUCCCAAUCCCGGGCGCCACAACGUCUGAGCGGGUUAUCGAGAACAGCAAGACAUUCGACCUGACCGAUGCGGAGAUGACUGAGAUUGAUUCAAUUCUGGCCAAGUUCAAGCCUGCAGGUGAUCGUUACCCCGGUGGUAUGCCUGUGGACACUUGA